AUGAGCACCCUCAAGCGAAAGGAUGCCCCUGGUGGCAAUCCUCCCUCCAAGUCAGCAAAGAACACAAAGGAAGCGAGACCUUCAAAGAAAGAAGGCGGAAAGGAUGCGAAAUCCAAGUCCAAGAAGAUCGAUGAGGCGCCUGCUAAGGGCCCCGUUGUGUCGCUCUUGAAGGAGGAGGAGCCGAUGUUCCCUCGAGGUGGUGGCAAUGUCCUCACGCCUUUGGAACAAAAGCAAAUCCAGCUUGAGGCCAAGGCUGACGCUUUGCGCGACGAAGAGUUCAACACUGGCGGCAAGGCGCAGAAGAAGAAGAAGCGGAAGACGGCGCUGAAGACCGACAAGAAGACGGAGAAGAAGAAGGAAGAGGAGGAAGAUACUGUCAAGGUGGAGAGCUUAAGCUUCAAGCGGCUGGUCAAGGGCUCUCUCGUCCUUGGACAAGUCACCAAAAUCAACAACCUCGAUAUCGAAGUCGCAUUGCCGAACAACCUUACUGGUCACGUCUCUAUUGUCGCUAUUUCCGAACAACUGACGGAGCGUCUUGAGAAGGAUGCUGCUGAGAAGGACGACGAGGAGGACGACAAGGAUGAGGAUGGGAUUGACCUCGAGACCAUCUUCUCUAUUGGACAAUACGUGAGGGCCUAUGUGGUGUCUACUGUGGACGAAUCCGGAACCGGCAAGGGCAAGCGACGCAUCGAACUCUCGCUACGACCCAGCGAGGCCAAUACAGGAUUGGAGGGGGACGAUGUUGUUAUCAACACCACCGUUGCUGCAUCCAUUGUCAGCGUCCAGGACCGCGGUUUCGUUAUGGAUACAGGCAUUUCCAACCUGGGCGCUUUCCUGUCUCGAAGCGAGAUCGAUUCGAGCUUCGAUGAGCAGAGACUGCAGCCAGGUGCCGUCUUUUUGUGCCAGGUCGUCAGCAAGGGCGCCAAUGGCAAGAUUGCACAGCUGUCUCUUCAGCAGAAGAAGCUGGGCAACCCCAAGAACGUCCCCGCCGACGCCACUACUAUUAACACUUUCCUCCCCGGUACCAUUGCUGACGUUCUCGUGUCCAACACUGACCGACGAGGUUUCGCUGGCAAGAUCAUGGGUCAUCUCGAUGUUACCGCCGACCUUAUUCACUCUGGUGUCGGUCCUGCUGGUGUGAGCUUGGACUCGACCUACAAGAUUGGCUCUAGAGUUAAGGCAAGGAUUAUCUGCAACUUCCCAGCUGCUAAGGAGCCCAAGUUGGGUAUUUCUCUGCUCCCUCACAUUACAUCUCUCGAACAGAAGCGACCGACCAAGACGACCGACGCCAAGAAGCUUCCUACUACGGUCCUCCCCAUCUCCUCUUUGGUCGAGAAGUGCACAGUUCGCCAUGUCGAAGGCGAGAUCGGUCUAUUCGUCGACAUUGGUAUCCCAGGCCUGAGCGGCUUUGUCCAUAUUUCGAGAGUCAAGGACGGCAAGGUGGAGGCGCUGUACGAAUCGAGUGGCCCUUACAAGGUCGGCUCUGAGCACAAGGGCCGAGUUGUGGGAUACAACCAAGUCGAUGGCCUCUUUCAAAUAUCUUUCGAGAAGUCGGUGCUUGAGCAACAGUACCUGAGGCUCGAGGAUGUCCCGAUUGGCGCUGUCAUUACUGGCGAAGUCGAGAGGGUUCUCGUUGACGAGAAGGGAGUUAGCGGGCUGAUUCUCAAGAUUGCGGAGGGCAUUACUGGCCUCGUCCCUGAGCAGCACCUUUCUGACAUCAAGUUGCAAAACCCUGAGAAGAAGUUCCGUCCAGGCAUGAAGAUCAAGGCUCGGGUUCUGUCAACCAACUUGGUUAAGAACCAAAUGCGACUCACCUUGAAGAAGACACUAGUCAACUCGGAAGCUCCCAUCAUCAAGUCGUAUGAGGACGCUAGUGUUGGAAUGCAGGUUCCUGGCACCAUUGUCAAGAUCCAGUCUUCCGGUGCACAGAUUCAGUUCUUCGGCCCUGUCAGGGGCUUCCUGCCCAUCUCUGAGAUGAGCGAGGCCUACAUCAAGGAUCCCCAUGAGCACUUCCGCGUUGGCCAGGUUGUCAGCGUUCACGUCCUGGACGUUGAGCCUGAGUCGCAGAAGCUUAUUGUGUCUUGCAAGGAUCCUUCUGCCUUUGGCCUGGACAAGCAAAAUGCCCUCAAAAAGCUCCAGGUGGGCGUUCUUGUGUCAGGCAAGGUUUCUCAAAAGACCGAGGACCAGAUCUUUGUCGAGCUUGAUGAUGCCCAGCUGAAGGCCAUUCUUCCUGUUGGACAGCUUACUGACAAGUCGGCCUCAAAGAACCAAUAUGCUUGGAAGCGCAUCUCUGCCGGUCAGACCAUCUCCAACUUGAUGGUGCUUGAGAAGAACGAGAAGCGACGCGUGCUUAUCUUGACCCAGAAGCCAAGUCUCAUCAAGGCAUCUGAGGACCGAACCCUUCUCAAGACUUUUGAGGAUGCCAAGGAGGGCAAGGUGGUCGCCGGUUUUGUGCAAAACAUUACUCUUACUGCAGUCUUUGUGCAAUUCGCUGGCGGCGUCAGGGCACUGCUGCCCAAGUCCCGACUCCCUGCUGACGUCCAAGAGCAGCCCGACUUUGGUAUGCACAAGCUCCAGUCUAUCGAGGUCAGGAUUGUCUCUGUGAUUCCCGACCAUCGCCGCAUUGUGGUUGCCCCAGCCGACUCUGACGAGGACGACGUGGUAAAGAAGGAGAAGACCGACGUGGCUUCUGCCCCUUCGGAUAACCUCGAAUUCGGAACCGUGAUCAAGGCUAAGAUCACCUCUGUCAAGGACACUCAGCUCAAUGUGCAACUGGCCGGUAACGAUGUCCAAGGUCGAAUCGAUGUUUCCCAAGUCUUUGACACGUUUGAGGACAUCCCCGACCCCAAGGAUCCUCUUGACAAGUUCCACAAGAGACAGACACUCACUGUCCGUGUGACGGGAGUGCACAACGCCAAGGACCAUCGAUUCCUGCCUUUCUCACACCGAUCCGCGCACUCUGUGGUUGAACUGACUGCCAAGCCUAACGACAUCAAGGCGGAUUCUCUGGAGCCCCUUCAGCUUAGCAAGCUCAAGAUUGGUGACACCCACGUUGCCUAUGUCAACAACUCUAGCCCUCAAUACCUUUGGGUCAACCUUUCGCCUUCGGUCCGUGGCCGCAUCUCGGCCAUGGAGGCGUCGGAUGACCUGUCUCAACUUAAUGACCUGGAGGCCAACUUCCCUGUUGGAUCCGCCCUCAAGGUUAGGGUGAUUGCUGUUGAUCCCAAGAACAACAAACUCGACCUUUCAGCUCGUUCGUCUAGCUCGUCUGAGGCUGUCAGCUGGAGUGUUCUGAAGCAGAACAUGGUUCUCCCUGGACGAAUUACCAAGGUGAACGAGCGUCAAAUCCUGGUCAAGCUUAGCGAGCUCGUAUCUGGUGCUGUGCAUCUUCCUGACAUGGCCGAUAACUUUGACGAUGUCAACACUCUCAAGCACAACAAGGGCGAUCUUGUCCGUGUUUCUAUCGUGGAGCUGGACACAAGCAACAAGAAGAUCCGAUUGUCGAUCCGUCCUUCACGCAUCAUGAGCUCUACGUUGACGGUCAAGGACAAGGAAAUCAGCAACAUUUCUCACGUAAACCCUGGCGAUCUUGUUCGGGGCUUUGUCAAGAAUGUCUCUGAUAAGGGACUGUUCGUUCUGCUUGGUGGACAAGUUACUGGUCUUGUCAAGAUCUCAAACCUGUCUGACCGAUAUCUUAAGGACUGGAAGGAUAAUUUCCAGGUUGACCAACUUGUCAAGGCCCGAGUUAUCGCUGUUGACAGGGAAGCCAAGCGUGUUGAGCUGAGCUUGAAGUCUUCGAUUGUCGACCAAGACUACACUCCUCCUCUGACUUUUAAUGACAUCAAGGAGGGCCAGGUCGUGACAGGCAAGGUUCGAAAGGUGGAGGAUUUCGGUGCUUUCAUCCUGGUUGACAACUCUGAUAACAUCAGUGGUCUUUGCCACCGCAGUCAGAUGGCUGAGAAGCCCGUGGCUGAUGCCACCAAGCUCUACAAGGAGGGUGAUGCCGUCAAGGCUCGCAUUCUGGAGAUUGAUACCAAGAAGAGGCGAAUCUCAUUCGGCUUGAAGCCAUCACUCUUCGAGGACGAGGACACUGACAUGGACGACUCUGACCAGGGCGCUGACCUUGAUGGUGACAGUGAUGAGGAUGUUGAGAUGGGCGAGGGUGUUGAGAUUGUCGGCAUGGACAACGCUGAUGACUCGGAAGAGGAUGAGGAUGAUGACGACGAUGAUGAUGAGGAAGAGGAGGACGAAGAUGAGGAAAUGAAGGAUAAGCCAGCCAAGAAGGGCAAGGGUCUUGGAGCAGGCAAGAAGUCGGAAUGGUCGGCUGAUCCCUUUGACGAGGCAGAGUCUGACUCUGAAGAGCAAUCAAAAGACGAAGAGAAGUCAAAGAAGAAGAAGAAGCGAAGCCGGGAUGAGAUCCAGGUGGAUCGAACCGCCGAGCUCGACGCCAACGGCCCUCAGACCUCCAGCGACUACGAGCGACUGCUGCUCGGUCAGCCUGACUCUUCGGAGCUCUGGAUCGCCUACAUGGCCUUCCAGAUGCAGGUCUCUGAGCUGUCCAAGGCUCGCGAGGUCGCCGAGCGAGCCAUAAAGUCCAUCAACAUCCGGGAAGAGACUGAGAAGCUCAACGUCUGGGUUGCUUACCUCAACUUGGAGGUUGCGUACGGCAGCAAGUCGACUGUUGAGGAGGUGUUUAAGCGGGCUUGCCAGUACAACAACGAGCAGGAGGUCUACGAGCGACUGGCCAGUAUCUACAUCCAGUCUGAGAAGCUCAAGGACGCCGAUGAGCUCUUCGAGGCCAUGGUCAAGAAGUUUGGUGCCAAGGCCCCUAACGUCUGGCUCAAUUACGCCCACUUCUUGCACGUCACCCGCAACGACGCUGCUAGGGCACGAUCCUUGCUUCCCCGUGCCACGCAACAGCUCGACAGCCGACACAGCCAGAACCUCGUAAGCCGGUUCGCGGCGCUCGAGUUCCGAUCUCCCAACGGCGAGCCGGAGCGUGGACGAACCAUGUUCGAGGGUCUCCUCGCUGCCUGGCCCAAGAAGGGUGACCUCUGGGGUCAGCUCCUAGACCUCGAGUCAGGCCUCGCCGAGGCUGACCCGACAGCGGUUCGGGACGUGUUUGAGCGAAGGACACGGGUCAAGGGCUUGAAGCCCCAGCAGGCUGAGAAGUGGUUCAGACGAUGGGCCACCUGGGAGGAGAAGCUGGACCCCAAGGGCAAGGACCGGGUCAUGGCCAAGGCUCAGGAGUGGGCGGCUGCCUUCAAGGCUAAGAAGGAGGCCGAAGCUGCUGCUGCUGAGGAGGACGAGAUGGAGGAGUAG